AUGGCCUUUGAUUCACCUGUGCGUGGCCAAGAAUGGCGAAAUUCCGCACGACCAGAGCUUCCUCUUUGGACGACCAGCUUUGACCACACUCAUUCCCAGAUUCCUAAAGCAGAACUGCCGCAGACUCUUCCCCACUCCGAUAGAACAACCUUAAAGUACACGAGUCUUGAUUCCGGUUCAGCUUAUGAACCGCCGCCAUCUCCACCGGAUUCUCUAAAGGCAGCGGCUCACCGAGUGCUACAAGAUCUCAGACCAGCUGUGCACCCUCGGCUGUACAGCGUCGCUCCCAAUCGCCAGACUCAUCAGGCUCCGAUUUGA